AUGGGCAGAACACUGGAGAAGCCGAAAACAGACAGAAAACCGAAAAAGAAACGUGACAUUUCACCAGUACCGAUUGACAUAAACACCCCUGUUCUUAUUGAUACGAUUUCCGAGGAGGUAAUUUUCGACGACCCGACGAUUUCCCGUGCUUCUGUCGUCAGCGCUGAAUAUGUUGUGUCCUGUGACAACCAGAGAAUUGUAUCCGAGGCUCGUUCUACCGGGGAGGUUUCUCCAGUUGCCGGCCCGUCCCGUGUGUUUAAGGACCCCGGGGAGGUCUUCAAUACACCGCACCCGACUCGACGAAUCUCUGUCAUCAAGGUGGUACUUCCUAAUGACCGAGUUAUUGACACAGAUGGUCCUGAUGACAUCAGCGGCGUUGACAAUCAAAACAUGACAAGCGCACCGGAUUGUAACCAGUUUAAGACCAGCAUUGAAGCACUUGUAAAUUCUGCAUUAGAAAGCACUGCAGCACUGAAACAAGACAAUGAACGCCUCCGUAUGCUCAACAUGAAGCUACAAGAGGCUUUACUGGAUCGGUCUAAAGAAGUUUGCUACAGCGAAGUAUUUGGAUUCCCCGAUGCCAAAUGGCUUCUGAGCGUGUCGCAAAACGCGGACGAUAGCGACUAUUUGUUCGUCAAAGAACUUAUCUUUCGUCUUUUCCCGCAAGGAAUCGGAAAUGCCACAGUAUCCGGACAUUCUUCCAACAAUCCACUUGGACGUGGAUCAAAAAAUACUAAUGAAGCGUACGUUCGAGCAACGGUUGAGCGAUUGGAUCCAGAAAAGGUUAAAUAUGUACAAGACCGACUGCAGGAAAGGCGACUCAUGCUUCAAGAUGAGCUGGGAGUAGCUGUGCGUAGAGCCCGUAAGACGGCACGACAUAUCUCUGCCGUUAUUGCUAACAAUCCGUCAUUGCGUAUUUUGCGUCAGCAGUGAUUUCUCAUUUCAAGUGGACUUUGAAAGCUUUCUUUCAAAAUGCGAAGGCAUUUUUGUUUAUAUUUCGAAUCGUUUUAAGGUGACAUACAAAUUUCACAAAUUGUUUUUUAA